GGUCUCUGCUGUCGCUGUGCGCAGGUUAAACAUGUCUAACAUCAGUUUUGAUAAAUCAUCCCACGUAUCAAAGGUCUGGAUUGCUCUGAGGCGCCUUGACAUGAACGAUGAAAGAGUGGUGGCUCUUCGAGAAGUGUCCAUUCCAACCUCGGCUGAGUUCACCACGAUCAUACAGAUUAUCAGCAAUGCCUUUGGGUUUAAAUCUUCCAAUGCUGUCUUCAAGAUAAGGAACCACCGAGGAUGUUUGAUCCCUCUGAACAGCUCCAUCCCUGCUAACAGCAAGCACAUGCCUUACUUGGUGGAAGUGACCAAGAUCUUUCAGCACGUGCAUCCCAAACCCAGAACCAUUCCCUUGACUGUGAUCAAUAAAAGCAUGAAGACCAGACUGCAGACUAUUGACAGGAGGAUCCAGAGACUGGAUGAUCUUCUGCCUCAGAUCAAACUCAGGCACAAUGAGAAACUCACCCAGGAGCUUCAAUGUCUCAACCAGAAGUUGAGGUUUCUGCAAAAGAGAAUGCAGGUCGCAGAUUCUCACAGCUGGAAAGGGGUACUAACCAGAGCCCCUCUGUGGUAAGCUCAGUGGUAAGAUUUUAUCAUGCCACUGAGAAAGGAUUUUGAUCUGGAUGUCCUGAGCUCUGGGCUUAGUUUCUUAUCCUGGAAUAAGUUUAUCAAACCACAUCUAUUAUCCUUCUGUUCAGACUGGGCAACAGGGCUUUAAAAACAUAUUUACCUCUGACCUCCAAACUAAUGCUGCUCUGCAUUAUUACAAUACUCUGCCUUGAUGUGUAAUGAGUAGUAACCUUGGUAUUACUGAGGAACAACUUAUUAACUUGUUAGCCAAGGAGUAGCACACUCGGAUGAUGAGAGCCAAAAGUGACUUUGUAUUGUUUGUGCCAUGAAAUAAAUUAAAUAAACAAGAGAUUGGAGUCUUGUAUUUUAAUGACUGAUGAUAAAAUGCAGAUGACUACCAGCACAGCCUCAUGUGAUGCAAUAGUCUGUUCCUAAGUACAUUAUUUUUUAACUCAAAAGUUUCAAGUGGACCUGCAUGUUUUUUUAGUAUCAGUAUCAGUUUCAGUUACGUUAUGAGAAAAACUUUAGAGUCAAUUUAGAGGAUUUGGAAUUUGCACAAUAGCUCCACCGCUCGAGAAACCAUGGCUGCACACUUCGAGUUUGCUCCUGUCUGAGAUUUCUUCCUGACAAAUGUCUAUUUGAAAUGUCUAUUUUUGAAUGUAUUUUGGGAGGGAAUAAAUUCUAAUAAUUUUUUCUUC